AUGUCUGGAACUCUGUCUCCCAAAUCAGCUUUUGAAAAUUCUGAUCCUGGGUCUUUCAAGAAGAGAGUCAUGAGUGCCUCGAGCAUGCUCAGGAAUUCGUUGACUAGAAAGGGCAAGCGAAGUAGCAAGGUCAUGUCUGUGGAAAUAGAGGAUGUCCAUGAUGCUGAAGAGCUGAAAGCUGUUGAAGAAUUUCGUCAAGCUCUUAUAUUGGAUGAACUACUCCCUGCAAAGCACGAUGAUUAUCAUAUGAUGCUCAGAUUCCUUAAGGCCAGGAAAUUUGAAAUUGAUAAAUCAAAGCAAAUGUGGUCUGACAUGAUCAAUUGGAGGAAGGAGUUUGGUGCUGACACAAUCGUGGAGGAUUUUGAUUUCAAAGAACACGAUGAAGUCAUGAAACAUUAUCCUCAUGGACAUCAUGGAAUAGACAAAGAUGGAAGACCUGUGUACAUUGAGAGACUGGGUCAAGUAGAUGCCACUAAGCUGAUGCAAGUUACAACUAUGGAUCGCUACGUCAAGUACCACGUACAGGAGUUUGAGAAGACAUUUGAUAUAAAGUUCCCUGCUUGUUCGAUUAUUGCAAAGAAGCACAUUGAUCAAAGUACAACCAUUUUAGAUGUGCAAGGAGUGGGGCUUAAGAACUUCAGUAAAGCUGCUAGGGAACUCGUUACUCGCCUUCAGAAGAUUGAUGGUGACAAUUAUCCGGAGACCUUGAAUCGCAUGUUCAUCAAUGCAGGUUCCGGAUUCAGAAUGUUGUGGAACACCGUGAAGUCAUUCCUUGAUCCUAAGACCACAGCAAAAAUCAAUGUUCUUGGCAACAAGUUCCAGAGCAAAUUGCUUGAAAUAAUUGAUGCCAGUGAGUUGCCAGAGUUCUUAGGGGGCACUUGUGCGUGUGCUGACGAAGGAGGCUGUAUGAGUUCUGAUAAGGGCCCGUGGAAA